AUGAAUCCGACAACAGAGGGCGUGCGCAUAUUGGUUGAGGAACAACACCAUGAUUUGUCGGAUAAUCAUACACCUCUCAAGAAGAUGAAGAAUAUCCCACAUGAUGAACAUCAAUCAAUCUCUUCUUCUUCCACAUCUCACCACACACACAAACCCCUCAUUUCUCCUCCCCAACAUUCAAGAUUUCGUUUUCCUUUCGCCCUCCAUCACACCACUCCCCAGCCACUCUUUCACCAUCAAAGUAUGAUUUCUUUUGCUCCACAACAGCAGUUCCUAAGCUCCGGUUGUGAGAACGAUCAAAUUUCCUGGCAAAGAGCUGGGCAGAUUGGUUCGGGUCACGAUGGUCUCGAUGAGGCGGCCUCUCCCUUGCCCAAACUAUACCGGGGGGUGAGGCAGCGCCACUUGGGGAGAUGGGUGGCGGAGAUUCGCCUCCCUCACAACCGAGCUCGUCUUUGGCUAGGCACGUUUGACAGCGCAGAAGAUGCUGCCUUGGCCUACGAUCGCGAGGCCUAUAGGUUAAGGGGAGCCAAAGCAAGGCUGAAUUUCCCCCACCUCUUCCUUGGCAGUGAUCGCGCCCGCCAUGAAGACCUCGAGACUGCAACACAGAAAGAAGCAAAACUGAAGCAGAGAACAUCAGGUAAUAUUAUCGAAUCUAACAAUGAUGUUGCUGACCAUGUUGAGGAUAGGAAGUGUUCUGGGAUUUCCACUCAUGAACAACCUAAGACAAUAGAUGAUGAUUAUGUUAAUCAUGAUCAAAGUGUGGAACCAGAGUGGGCUGGUGAUGGACUCCAAUCAGAUUGGCUCCCAGGAAGCAAUAUUAAUACUUUCUGGGAUCAUAACAUCUCUACUACUACUGGUACCUUUCUACAGCAAUCUGAUUUUGCCAUUUCAAGCUUCCCAGAUGACAAUCUUCCUCAUCUGAGCACCACUGAAGCUGGAAUUCUACAAGAGCCUUAUUUGAACUGA